AACUGUCAAGGCAUUUCACCAGGCUGAUUUUUAAGCCCCGCCCAUAGCAAGGCUAAGUUGUUUGUAUUCAGCCAUCAUUUGGAGAAAAAUUACAAAGUCUGUAAAGAGCUGCGAGGUAAUAUAAGAAGUGGCCAUUAUAAUCACCACACAAGAGAAGCUCAGGGACAGAAAUAGCUCUGUUUGUUGGCUUAUUCCAGAAGAGUAAAUUAACACAACAAUGCCUCUUUUUUGGUCUUCUCAUGUUAAGCUUAAAAUUCCCUGUGUAAUUUUAAUUCAUGUUGAGCUGAAUGUAGGGAAGUUUCAGGGAUCAUCAGGCUGUCCUGGAUUCUAUGCACACCACCAGACUGCCUGAAUUUAUCAAGUGCAACAAGGAUGUGAAUUUCCCACUCAGAAAUCGUGCUUGUUUCUUGAAAGGAGGACCCAACCCAAUCUUCUUUUACUAGUCUUAUUUCACCAGAGUCCAGAGAUUUCAGAUGAUUCUGUACACCUUUGACAGCCAAUUCAAAAUUACCCUGUAAAGAAUGCUGAGAUUCUGUGGCCCUUUGCAAAUAUUUAAGGAGCACUUUAAGUAUCUCCUGGGGAAUGAAACCCAAAACUCAUGAAUAAAAGAAGGCCUUUAAUCACUGGCCUGUGCUGCUAUUGCUUCUUGACAGCAAAGCAUAGGAGUGGUAAUAAUGAUUUGUUUGAUUAGUCUCUUCUAAUUUUCAUAGCGUUUUAUGCUUCUCCGGUAUAAUGAUUUGCUCUAAAUUAUAACAUUUGUAUCAGUGUUCAUAAUCACGAUCUAAUAUAUAAAGCACUUAUUGGUGAGGAAAUGGGAGAUUUUUCACAGUAUUAGCCAAGUAGGGAUAACAGAAAGGCAAGUUAGAUAUUCAGGCAGUUGAGUAUCAAGUGUUAUCUUUAUAAAAGUGAUUUAAUUCUGGAAUCCUGACUACAAAAUUCACAAGUGACAGCUGCCUACAGUCUUUCCUGAGGCCAUCUGUACCAUUUAGUAGAAUAAAUCAUAAACAGACCUUUGAACUAGGACAGUCUCAUUGGACUCAUCCUUUUGCUUCCCUGAGUCGCCCUCUCAAUGGGAUAUUGAAGGGGAGGUUCAGUAGAAUAAACAGUGGAAUCCUUGUCUGGGAGGGACUGCCUGGCAAUUGUCUCAUGGCAAAGGAAAAUAAAAAAGCCCUGCUCCAUUCACUGGCUCUUUAAUUUGGAUUACCAAUGAUAAAGCAGUGGCUACGGCUAAGGUAGGAUGCAGAAACAUUAGUGCUAAUAUGCUGCAGAAAGACAAGAUAAAUCAGCACAGCUCUCAUACAUCACUAAGGGAGAAGCUGAUUGCAACUUGACCAUGUGCCUGAGUAGUCACAUCAGGGAGAAGAACAGAAGAACAUGGAUUAAAAAUCUAAAAUGUGCCCUUAGGGUUAUUUGCUGGGCUGAACCUGUAAGGAGACCUCAGUAAAUAUCGGCAGUAUAUGGCAGGACUUUUGGCUCCUCCUUAUGGUGUUAUGGAAACCAGCGCUAACAAUGAUAGGAUGCCUGACAAGGAGAAUGUGAGUAGCAGCAAUCUCUGCUCAGCUUCUAAAAACUGUAAUAAGACACCCCUCAUAGAACCUCACGUUCCUCUCCGUCCUGCUAAAACCAUUACCCAGGUCCCUUCAGAGAAGAUCCUCAGGGCUGGGAAAAUUUUACGAAAUGCUAUCCUCUCCAGAGCACCUCACAUGAUAAGAGAUCGAAAAUACCAUCUGAAGACUUACAGGCAAUGCUGUGUGGGAACUGAACUAGUCGACUGGAUGAUACAACAAACUCCAUGUGUUCAUUCCCGGGCGCAGGCUGUGGGCAUGUGGCAAGUUCUAUUAGAAGAAGGUGUUCUCAAUCACGUGGACCAGGAACACCAUUUCCAAGAUAAAUAUUUGUUUUAUCGAUUUCUGGAUGACGAGCAUGAGGAUGCCCCUCUGCCAACGGAGGAAGAAAAGAAGGAAUGCGAUGAGGAGCUGCAGGACACCAUGCUGCUCCUGUCGCAGAUGGGACCUGAUGCACAUAUGAGGAUGAUCCUCCGGAAACCACCUGGCCAGAGAACUGUAGAUGAUCUGGAGAUUAUCUAUGAAGAAUUGAUUCACAUUAAAGCCUUAUCACAUCUUUCUACUACAGUGAAACGAGAGUUAGCAGGGGUUCUCAUCUUUGAGUCCCAUGCCAAAGGAGGGACUGUAUUGUUUAACCAGGGAGAAGAAGGUACCUCCUGGUAUAUUAUCCUAAAAGGAUCAGUGAAUGUAGUCAUUUAUGGCAAGGGAGUGGUGUGCACCCUACAUGAGGGAGACGACUUUGGGAAGUUAGCCCUGGUAAAUGAUGCACCACGCGCUGCCUCUAUCGUUUUACGGGAAGAUAAUUGCCAUUUCUUGAGAGUAGACAAAGAAGAUUUCAACCGGAUCCUGAGGGAUGUUGAGGCAAACACAGUAAGACUUAAAGAACAUGACCAAGAUGUGUUGGUGUUAGAGAAGGUCCCAGCAGGAAACAGAGCUUCUAAUCAAGGAAACUCACAGCCUCAGCAAAAGUACACUGUGAUGUCAGGGACACCUGAGAAAAUUUUAGAACAUUUCCUAGAAACAGUACGCCUUGAGCAACCUUUAAAUGAAGUGACAGAUUCUGUUUUAAAUGACUUCAUCAUGAUGCACUGUGUUUUUAUGCCCAAUUCUCAGCUUUGCCCUGCCUUGGUGGCCCAUUACCACGCACAGCCUUCCCAAGGUACAGAACAGGACAAAAUGGAUUAUGCCCUUAACAACAAGAGGCGAGUCAUCCGUCUGGUCCUCCAGUGGGCUGCUUUAUAUGGAGAUUUACUACAAGAGGAUGAAGUAGCAAUGGCCUUCCUAGAGGAGUUUUAUGUAUCUGUAUCAGAUGAUAGCCGGAUGAUUGCAGCUCUCAAGGACCAACUUCCAGAGUUAGAAAAAAUGGUCAAGCAAAUCUCAGAAGAUGCCAAGGCUCCACAAAAGAAGCACAAAGUUCUUUUGCAACAAUUCAACCCUGUUGAAGACAGGGCACAAAAACGCCAACCUGUCCGGGGAUCUGAUGAAAUUCUUUUUAAAGUCUACUGCCUAGACCACACUUACACUACUAUCCGUGUGCCUGUGUCAGCAUCGGUGAAGGAAGUUAUAAGUGCCAUAGCAGACAAACUGGGUUCUGGAGAAGGAAUGAUAAUAGUCAAGAUGAGCUCCGGAGGAGAAAAGGUGGUGCUCAAACCUAAUGAUGUUUCAGUAUUUACAACGCUCACUGUUAAUGGACGUCUGUUUGCUUGCCCGCGAGAGCAAUUCGACUCACUGACACCCUUGCCAGAACAAGAAGGUCCAACUACUGGAACAGUGGGAACUUUUGAACUGAUGAGCUCCAAAGAUUUAGCAUACCAGAUGACAAUCUACGAUUGGGAGCUCUUCAACUGUGUUCAUGAGCUGGAGUUAAUCUACCACACAUUUGGAAGGCAUAAUUUUAAGAAGACCACAGCAAACUUGGAUUUGUUCCUGAGGAGGUUUAAUGAGAUUCAGUUUUGGGUUGUCACCGAGAUUUGCCUUUGUGCCCAACUCAGCAAGCGAGUUCAGCUCCUAAAGAAAUUUAUUAAGAUAGCAGCCCACUGUAAGGAGUACAAAAAUCUGAAUUCCUUUUUUGCCAUCGUCAUGGGACUCAGUAAUGUUGCUGUAAGCCGCCUUGCAUUGACAUGGGAGAAACUUCCAAGCAAGUUCAAGAAGAUCUAUGCUGAGUUUGAAAGUCUAAUGGAUCCUUCCAGGAACCACAGGGCUUACAGGCUUACUGUCACCAAACUGGAUCCUCCUCUCAUACCCUUCAUGCCCUUACUCAUUAAAGAUAUGACAUUUACUCAUGAGGGGAACAAGACGUUCAUUGACAAUCUAGUAAACUUUGAAAAAAUGCGCAUGAUUGCUAACACGGUCAGAACAGUGAGGUACUGCAGGAGCCAAACCUUCAAUCCUGAUGCAGCCCUCGCUAAUAAGAACCAUCAGGACGUCCGGGGUUAUGUACGACAAUUAAACGUGAUUGACAACCAGAGAACUUUAUCACAGAUGUCACACAGAUUAGAGCCUCGUCGAGCUUGAACAUUUACAGGGAUUCAAACAAUGGUUCAUUUCCAGUCUUCUGUCUGCUAAGAAAAAAAAAAUGCCAUUUCUAUUACAACUCUACUGCCAUACAGAAUUUUAUGAAAUAAAAAAUUAGCGUUAACAAUCUCUGGGCAGUUCCCAGCACACCAGCUACAUGGUGAUGAGGGCAAUGUGGCAUUGUGGAAAUAGCAUUGAACUAUGUGCCAGGAGAUCUGGGUUCUAGUCUCAGCUCUGCCACUAAAUAGCUGUGUGACCUUGGGCAAGUCACUUACUCUCUCUGAGCCUCCGUCUCCUCAUUUAUAAAAUGGGGAUAUUUAAAGCUGUCCUGCCUAUUUCACAGGGCUGUUGUGAGGAUCAAAAAUGGUCACGUAUGUGAAAGUGCUUUGUCUCUAAGCACUGUCCAAAACAUAAGAUUAUAAUAAAGGGAGAAUCAUGUUUGGCUUAUGGAAUGCUUGUACCCUGUAGCUUCAGGAAUGCCCACUGUCUUUGCUGUACUAUAAACAAAAACCAUAGUAAAAUUCGCUAGAUCUCCAGCCAGCGGCAGGCAUGUUGUAAAUCCCUAGAUCUCUCCAAUGCCUUCAUGUAGGGGUAAGAUAUGUCACUGGCAGGAGGGGUGGGGAAUUCCUCUAAGAUAGAGCAGUACUAAUUAUAUCCCAUGGUUCUGAAUUCGAGAGGUUCUAUGUUGUUAACAAGAAGACAUGUAGGAUCAAGAUGGAGGGAGCAAUGGUAUCCUCCUGGCUUCGUGGCCUCACCUCUGAGAGAACUUGCCAUUACUUUGCCAUUGUACAAUGUUAGAGCUGUUUAUGUGAACUUGGAAAGACCGGUCUCUAAUUUUUGAAAGAUAACUAGAAUUAUAUUUAUGUUUACAAUGUAACCUUUUGUAAAACUGACCAAUCAGGAUUACGCAGAAAUUCCAGUACUGAGGUUGUUAAAAUGGUUAUAACAAAGGUAGAAGAUGACAUUGAACAAGAGCACAAUAUGCACAAAACUGUUUUUUUUUUUUUUCAAAAUAAGAAUAUUUUCCUGGGCAUUAAAAAAAAAAAAAACUUUACUAUCAACUGCAAAUUAUUGUUACUGGCAAGAAAAAAAACCUAUUUUCUGGACUCAAACAUUAUUACAGAUAUCUUAAUUUUCAGCAAUUGUUUUGCACUUUUAGAUAGAAUGUAAAUAAAAGCGUUUAUUCAAUUAAAGGUAUAAAGUAUUUAUUUGCUACAUAACCAGUAUUGUGCCAAAAUCAUUCCUUUUUUAUUUAUUUUAUUUAGCAUGUAAUUGGAGUACACGUUUUUAUUUCAGUUUCAUAAUUCGGCAACAUUUAAUGUGCAGAAAUCACUUGAUGUGUGUGUAUCUUCUGUAAAUAACAUUUAGAAUCUUCAUUAAAUAGAAAUGCUAAAAA